AUGUGGAUUCCAGAGACCCACGGACUAUCAGACCUGAUCACAAUAUCUGCUUUCAGAAAUUUGGUCCGCGGCGGGUUCCAGCCACGUCUUCCGACUUCGCUGCCACCCCCAGGGCAGCAGCAGCAGCCGUCGCCGCUACCACGCCGACAGCCCGUCCCGUUGCUGCCUCCCGCGCAGCUUCAUCCGGGAGCGCCCCAGGUGGUCGCUCCAGCGCCUGCGGUCCCUCUUCAGUCGCCACCGCCUUCGGAGCUGAUGGACGUCGACCCCUCAGCCGGGCCACCUUCCCAAGCGGUGGCUGUGCAGCCUGUCCUGCAGCCGCUUUCCUUGGGCACCCCCAAGGAGUCUGACCCCGCAGCGCCUUGUCCGGCGCCCACUCAGCAGCCGUCGACGCGGCGUCAGGGGACGCUGCCUCUCUUCGUGGGUCCCGACGCCUCGUCGCGUCCAGUACCAGAAGCUGCGCCCGUGGUCACAGGCAGAAGACUGUUUCAUGCUGUCAUCUGA